AUGGCACCCGUACUGAAAUUAAGUUUGGAAGAGCUUCACCAAUUUUUAUCUGACAUAGAGGCCAACAUAAAUGAUCAAGAAACAGACUUUAAAAAAUUAAUUCUUUAUUUAUUUCAGUUCUUGAAUGCCAAAUUGAGUGAUGCUUCUCUCGUGUAUCGGAAAGAUAUCGAGGACACAAUUUUAAGAAUUAUUAACACAAUUGAGCUUGUAUUGAGCAAGAAAUUGCACUUGCUAAACGCGUCUUUAAAGUUUCAGGAAAUCAGUCUGAUUCAUGUAACGGAUUCAAGAUCGCGGCUAGUUGCAUUGCAGGAGGUGUUACUUUAUGAAUGGAUGAUAUCAUUCUUAUUACUGCAUAUAGCCAACGUCUGGAGCAAGCGGAAAUUGCUGGAUAAGUUGAAAACUCUCUUGAUACUGGUUAUCAACUUGGUUUCUACUAGGUUACACAACUUCAAAUUCAUCAAGUUGUUACAAGAGAAUGUCACUCGCCUCUUGGAAAACGGUAUCUCAUUUUGCUUGAAUGAUAUUUCAUACAGCACCAAUCCUGAUUAUAUCAAAAAGUUGAUCUCCUGCUGUGAGUUGUACUCAGUUGUGAGUGAUUAUGACAUUUCAAAAAAGCUUUCAUUGAAUCUCAGUAACCAACAACUAAAAUAUGAGAGCUUUGGUAGAAAAUUGUGGUUUGUUCUUCAAGAAAUGAGCAUUUUGAAUUCAGAUGAGUCACUUUACAUGGUGGACUAUUAUAAGUCCUUGUUAAUCCUUACACAUUUGGAUAACGCGCUUCUUGACGAGCAAAAUACUUGGGGCAAGACCCAGCAGCUCUUAACGUGGGUCACAAACAUACUUGAACAAGAUUUUGAGCAAAUUAACAGCACUUUCAAUGGAAGUGAGUGUUUGAAUUUGCACCAGUCGGUAUCGUUGGCCUUGUUUAAGAUCUAUUUUCUUUGCAAUGAAAGAGGUAUUGUAUCCAACUUUGAUUCCAUAUUGUGCUUGGACCGUUUGGUUGCAAAGGCAGCGAUGCAACUGGCUUUCCCAUUGCCAGUAAAAUGCACUUUGGCUGUGAUACUGACCCAUAUUGAAUCCAAUAAUCCAGACUUACAACUCAAAAACAAAAUUCCAAUAGACUUUGCAAACUACCAGUACUCAAACCCAGAAUUGAAUGAAUUGAAAGCUAAGCUACUCCCGUCUAGUGCUGUUGAUACGAGCCUAGAUUUCAUAGUCAAAGCGGGUCUUGAAUAUCACGAAACGGACAUCACGAGCAAUGGAGUCAAUGAUUUGAAUUGGAUCCGACACGUUCGAGAUUUGACAAAAAAGUAUUCAAAGGAAUUGGAGGCAGAGGAGACGAUGUACACGCUCAUCACGGCAUUGGGAAAUUUCGCAUCCAGAGCCUUUACAAAGAAUUUGAGCACAUACGAUGCAGAUUUUUUGCAAAUCAAACAUCUGUAUUCUGCAGUUAAAAAAAAUCGUCCUCCGGUCAAAAGCACUACCGAAUCGUUGAUAUUGGAUGAAAUAGUUGAAAAAUAUUUCCUUUCGCGGAUGCAAAUUUGGGCAUCGAAACCUCUACUCGCAUGCAACUUCUUCCUUAUGAUUUACAAUUACUAUGCCAACUACUUGCCGUCAAAUGCCAAGGGUGAUGUUCAUUGGACUUUAUUAGAUAAAAUGCUAAAUCUUUUGUCAACCCACCGAAAUAGAUCCCUUAGAAUGUUGAUUAUUCGCAUACUACCGUUGUACCUCAUUCAAGAGACUGAUGAUGCGACCUUGGAUCGGAUAUUCAAACACAUUUUUGAACGUAUAACAAAAAUCCAUUUCAAUUCAUGGAAUAGACGCCAUUUUGGCGAAUCCACUAUUUAUGCUUUGGUUGAGCUAGCUCGCGUUUGCAAUGGCGAAAGACUAUGUGCAGUGUAUUUCAAACUAGUGGACUGGCUAGGUGAACCCAAUGAGCAACAUCUGAACUAUGUGUAUUGUGGAUUUUUGGAUAUUGCCAAUAGUAAGAAUGUUUCAACAUAUAAGUUACUAUCUCCAUAUUUACCAAGUAUGGCUGAUGUUAUCAUCAAAAAGGAAAGCUUAUUUGAGAAAUCUCUUCUGCUUUUGGGAUUGGACCGGAAGUAUUUUUUAAACAGAACAAAGGAGUUUACUGUGCCGAAAUUAUUAGAAUACCACAAGGAUCCCACGUUGUUGGUUGAAGUUGCCGAAGCUGCAAAUAUGCCCAUGAAAAAGCUUCUUGCUCAGAACUUACCUCGUAUUCUUGCUUCGUACUUGGUCAAUAACCCGCUAAAUGACGUCUAUGUUCUCAAGGUGCUAAGCAGUGUUUGUCCACACUACAGACUGGUUUCAGUUCAAGAGAUUUUCACCCAUAUCGGUGACAUUACGUGGCACAUAUUGAUGGAGAUCCAAAUGGACGAAAAGGACAAUGUUAGAAACUUGUCCAACAUAAUAUCUGCAUUGGAGACCGUAGCUAAGAAUUUGGCAGCACAAAAGAACCAAAGGGUACAAAAGGGCAAAAUGGCAGGUAUGUUGAUUGAAGAACAGGUUUUGUUGUUGGUACAGAGAUUCAGCGAUGUUACGUAUCUGUUGAGAGGCGCCAAACCGUAUUUGGAGAGAAGAGCAUCGUUCAGAGCCAUUUUGUACUUGAUCAAAAACCAUAGCUUGGCCUUGACAUCGGCUCUUGGACAAUUAUCAACAUGUUUACAAGCAUCAUUAGAAGAGCCAGAUUUCCACAUUUUGACAUUGAAGUGUUGGAAUGAACUAGUUCAAAAAUUACCACCGGCGCAUUUGAUUUCUUUAUUUGACAUUAUCAUUUCGCUCAUUUUCCAGAAAUUUCAGUCAUUUGGUCCCGAAGCUCAACGAAUUGCCAUAGACGUCUUGCGAAAAAUUUAUACAGAAAUCAAGGAUAAGUAUAAUCGUUACGCCUUGUACUUUUUGUCAAUUGCGUUUUUGGAUUACAUGUCAGAUUAUGGGUUUGUCAAGGAGUUUAAGAAUAUAAAGCCACCGUCAAAAUUAACGAUUUUCCAAGAAUUCAACAGACGUCUCAAGACUAGAAACCGGUAUGUUGUUGAGCAAGCGCUAUUUGAUCUUUACAAUUACUGCAAAAAAUAUCAGUUCAACUGCCAAGCGGAUUAUUUUAAAGAUCCAGCACUACAUGAUACCAUAGCGGUAUUGGUGCGAACAGUAUUGGACACUGCCACCCACUUCAAGAAUAGGAGCGCCACAAUCACAUCACAAUGCGCCAAGGUUUUGGCUGUUAUGGGUGCGUUGGAUGCUAACAAGUUUCAUUUCAAGAAAGUAAAGCAACUGAUUGUUGUUCAGCGGAAUUUUGAUAGCACUAAAGAAAACGCUGUGUUUUUGGUUGAUUUAAUUGAGAACUACGCGAUGAAUAUAUUUUGGUCUUCAAAUGAUCCACAAAAGCAAUUGUUUGCAGCUUUCGCCAUGCAAAGUUUUUUAACAAUCAUGGGAAUCACGAAGGAGUCUUUGAAGGAAGACAAAACCAUAUGGGACAGGUUUAGUGAUGUUGCGAAAUCAACAUUGACCCCAUUCUUGAGCUCCAGGUAUUCAGCACCACGACCCAAAUUAGAGCAGAUAGAGUUCCCCUAUUUCAAACUGGGAAUGAAGUUCGAGACUUGGUUGAUUGACGUUACCUUGUAUUUGUUGAAACGGGCAAGCCAGUAUGAGAAAGGAGCCAAUCCCAACCCGCGCCAAUGGAUUUUUCAAACAUGCGCAAUAUUGAUUCAAAAGGAUCACAACAUUUCCCUUUGUCAACAUCUUUUCAAGUACGUUGUUCUCAACCACAUUUUAUGUCUAAAUCAUGAUGUGGAAAGGCAGUUGUUGGAAGAAUUUCAACAUUUGUUUGAGCAAGACACGAAGAAAAUGCCAAACGAUCGUGCUGAGGAGUUGAAACUUUGCUUCCAGUCUGUGUUUUCAGUAUUUGACUAUUGCAAUGAAUGGUUAUCAGCAACUAGACAAUUUGCCAACUACCUGGUCUCACUGGACGUGAGCACCUCUGAGAUGUGGCUUGAUAAAUUGGAAUUGGUGAAAAAGUUUCUUGACUCUUUUGGUAUGGAUUUGAUUGCAAUCAAAUCUGCAGAAUGUGACUCAUACGAGCGCACGAUUCUUUACAUUGAAAAGUGUUAUCGGGAUGGUCAUAUUGACGACAAGUCUUUUAAACUUGGUGAAUUAGAUGCAUCAAAGACGUUGCAGAAUAUGUAUGCCAGCAUCAAUGAUUACGAUGCAUUGAAUGGAGUGUUGAAGUUGUUUUCGACAAAUAAUGUAAAACAAAAGUUGGCCUCGUUUCAGUACAAUGAUAAUUGGAGUUUGGCGUUGGAGUCAUUCAAGGUGUUGGGGGCAGGCGAGGACUCUUCGGUUGAGUACAAUACCAAGUUAUUGAAGGCGUUGAAUGAACAUGGAUCUUAUGAUGACGUACUUUCCACGCUUUCAUCAACCACUGAUGCUAGUAUGAUACAACAAAUUCCCUUGGCCUGGUCUUUGGUGGCGUUGAAAUCCGCCGUAUAUUCUGGAAAGAAAGAUCAGUUACAAAAGUGGCUUCAGGUUACGGACUCUUUAGGAAAAGCCAAGGAUUCCGAGACCGUUGUAAGUUAUGAAUUGGCAAGGUAUUUACAAAAGUUGUACAACAACGAGUCGCCGGAUUUUGCAAAGACAUUGGACAAGCUAUACACCGUGAUUGGUCUGUCGCUCGUGUCGUCCGACUCUUCAAGUUUCAAUAAGAAUAUCAGUUUGAUGAAUCAACUACACUCCUUGCACGAUAUGGGAGAUAUACUAUCGUCAGCUGGUCAUAAUAAUGAUGUUCUUAAAGUACGAUUCAGUAAUAUUGACCAAGACUUUGAAGCACAGAACAAAAUUUUGACUAUCCACGCAGUUGCCAACCACAUCAUAGAGAAUGAGAAACAAGUGUCUGAUAUAUUUUUACUUCAAUCGAGCCUUGCACGUGAAAAUGAUCGACUCGAUUUUUCAACAAGGUCCAUAGUGCGGGCAAUGGCAUUGAACAACUCUGCGGCAAAUAUCGAGUUUGCCAAGUUAUUGUGGAAAGAGGGCAAACAAUCGGAAGCAAUCAAAACAAUAUUGGAAGUUUUAACUUCUGGACGGCUUGUUGACAAUGAAUCUAAAGCUCGAGUACAACUUCAGUACGCCAAUUGGUUGGACGAGUCAAACCAUUUGUCUGCUCACCAAAUUGUGGAAGAAUAUACGAAGGCAUUUGUAUUAGACAAGGAAUAUGAGAAGGCAAGCUACGAUAUCGGGAAAUAUUACAACAAGUUGAUCGAGUCCUCUAAAGAUACUUCAGGGUUGUAUGAGCACUUGACCGUGAGGAACUUUAUCAGAGCAGUUUCUAUUGGCUCACUGUUCAUAUUUGAGGCGCUUCCCAAGUUAAUUACAAUUUGGUUAGAUUUUGCAAAGAGGCCCAACAAGACCAAGUCUGCCGAAAGACGAUUGCAGCAAAUCAUUCAAGACUUGAAUACAGGUUUAAAGAGUGUGGCCACAUAUGCUUGGUAUACUGUUAUUACACAAAUACUUUCAAGAAUUGUUCAGGCUCAUGAACCGUCGUUCAAGGUAAUGGCAAAUGUGGUGUCAAAUAUAAUUCUCGAGUACCCACACCACAGUUUGUGGUAUGUUCUCUCUCAUAUACAUUCAACCGAUCCCCAACGGAAACUAAAAGUUAACACAAUAUUAGAGUCGGUGAAAAAGAGCAAAAAGUCGCAUGGGGUUUUGAUUCUGGCUGCACUGGAGCUUUUUGAAAAACUUAUAGAGAUUGCAUCUAAGCCAAUUAGCAAGUCAUCCAGAACCAAGCAAUUGUCGUUGUCAAAGUAUUUUGGAGUCGAAGACGCCAGUAAGCCAUAUCCCGAACUAGUCAUACCCGUACAGUCCAAUUUACAAAUACGACUCCCAAGCAAAGGGGUGGCCAAUUAUGUUGCAUUUCCCAAAAAUGCUUCGGUCACAUUCGAUGGAUUUGACGAUGUGGUGAAUAUAUUUUUCUCAUUGCAAAUGCCAAGACAAGUCACGAUUCGAGGUUCAGACGGAAACCCUUACAGGUUAAUGGUCAAAGCUGAUGAUACCCGAAAAGAUGCUAAAGUUGUUGAAUUUACAACAAUGGUUAACCGUAUACUUUCGACGAGUACAGAGGCGAGAAAGAGGGGGCUUAAUGUGGCCAAUUAUUCAGUGAUUCCACUAUCGGAGAAGAUCGGGGUUAUUGAAUUUGUGAUGGAUGUACAAACUAUGAAGGGAAUUGUGAAUGAGCAAAGGAAACGAUUGGGGAAAGUUGUUAAUGAGCGCAAGAUUUUUGUUGCGUUGAAUAGUGCUCAAAAAUUUAUCCAGGAGCGUAAACCAGAUGAGACAAAGUUAAAACACUUGGUGCAAUUAUUCACUACGAUUGUGCAAAACAACGAACCAGUGCUACAUCAAUGGUUCAUUGAACAGUUUUCCGACCCCAGUGCGUGGUAUAUUGCUAGAAACAAAUUCACUCGGUCGGCGGCAGUGAUGUCUAUUGUGGGAUACUUGGUUGGGCUUGGAGAUCGACACUGUGAAAAUAUUUUAUUCUUCAAGAAUACAGGGGCCAUUCUUCACAUUGAUUUUGAUUGUUUGUUUGAAAAGGGAAAGACGUUACCCACGCCGGAGAUUGUUCCGUUUAGAUUGACACAGAACAUGGUUGAUGCAAUGGGAAUAUGUGGUGUUGAUGGAAGCUUCCGUAUAUCCUGUGAGGAAACCGGUCAGUUAUUGCGCAACAACGAGCAGUCGUUGAUGAAUAUUUUGGAAACGCUUCUAUAUGACCCAUUAUUGGAUUGGAAGAACCAGGAUCCACAAAGGGAUUUGAUGAAGGUGCGGAAGAAGAUCAGGGGUUUGAUGAAUGAAGAUGAAGGGUUGGCAAUGAAUAUACACGGGCAAGUUGACGUUUUGAUCCAGGAGGCUACGUCGAUGGAGAGAUUGGCACAGAUGUAUGGAGGUUGGUCUGCGUAUAUAUAA